UCCUCCAUGUUGCUCCGUUCAUGAUGCAGACGUCCCUACCGUGCUUGGCGCCCCUUCAUCUUCUCUGACUCGGACUGGUCGGAUCUCGGCUACAAUCGUUAUAACGCCCUGAGCGCGGAAUGUCUGGCGAUGGCGAACGGGUCGUCGACGGAAAGCUGGGACGCUUCGUCAGAGGGGAAGGGCUCUUGUCACACAACUUGGCGCACUGGACGGUGGCCACUUUGCUGGUGGUAGGCUAUGCAUAUGAAGUGCGAAGCCGACGUCGUACCCCCAGACCUAUCACAUCGGUCGCGAGCAUGUGGUCACCGCCAGCGGAACAAACAUACGGCUUUAUAGCCUUGGCAUAUUUUGGAUCCAUCCCUUUCGAGCGGAUGAAGAAGCUGAGGGAAAGCGAUCGGGAUAUGCGAGCGGUGGCCAUAGCGUCAUUGCAGCAAGGAGAAGCGUGGUUCAAGACUAAAGACUCUCCGAACCCGACAUCGUCUUUUCCGGACACAGACCCUAUCGGUUUGGGAUUGCCUUCCCCCGGUGACCGUCUAUCCUAUCUUGCUUGGAAGAUCCGCGGGCAUAUAUUUCUGGACGAUCGCGCGUGGCUUCAUUUCUAUCGUACGCUGGCCCUUCGCUACGCGGACAAGUACCCAGAUAUCACUGCGGCCGACUGGGACAUAUGCGUGACGCAUUUUGCCAGUACCGCCUUUCUGGGUGGGCAUACGGCGCCGGUAAAGAUCUCACUUGCUUCCCUCGACAUAUUCAUAGGCGCACUUACCAUCGACGCGCUCAUGAGAUUGCGAUGGACGUCGCCUCCUCGUAUGCUUCGUCUCGGUCUCAACCGCAUCACACAGGUGGCGUGGUACAUCGCGAUAUCUGGAUUCUCUCUGUUUUCCGUACCGCAUCUACCAGCCACGCUACGCCCGCUGCAGCUGCAAGAUAAAGCCCGCGUCGCCGAGAUGCUGCGCGAGGCAUACCCGGGUGUUGGCUGAAAACAUGGCUUGCGUUGUUCGCUCGCAGUCUUAGCAUCUUACGCGGCAUGAUAGACACCGUUUGCACUCAUUUGCUGUUUUGUAGGUUGCUCUCGUUAUGGUACUAUUACUUACUCACUGGUAAUCAGCUUUAGAUACCCC